AUGGAUAUUUUAAAUUCCAUAAAAAAAAUUAAACAAAAUCGAGUUCAGGAAAUAAGCAACCCUGCUACUUAUCCAUCAUCAAAUCCACUAUCUAAAUCUAAAGCUAACAAUGAAAGGCAAUAUUACAAGGAAAACAAACAAGACCCAGUGCAAAGACAAAAUCUGCAAACGCCUUUUGUGAUAAAAGCUCCACAGCCAUCUUCAUCCCAGUCAGUGAUUAUUCAUGAUGUUCAAAUCCAUAAACCACCACAAGACAACGACAUCCAAGCUGUGACAGAAGAGAAAGACUAA